AUGAACAGUUGAGGCUUCUGUUUGGUCAGUGGUGUGCGGAGGUUCUCUCUUGCGCCCUCCGUCCGCAGCGUUCCAAGGGUAGUCGUUGGCCGCAAGUCUCGCGUCGUCCGCGCGCGUUUGCUGUCCUGCCCGCCUCGCGCCCUUAGGAAUCUCUUUCCUUCUCCCUCCCCUUUCCUCCCUCCCCCCACUCCCGGCUGGACCGGGGGAACCGUUGCCCUGAUCUCAACGGCGGCCCCCUUGGACUCUCAGCCUGGGCCACCUCCCAUGCCCGGAGCCAGCAGCGCGAUGAAGCACCUGCCUUAUUUUUGCCGGGGGAAGGUGGUGAGAGGCUUCGGCCGGGGCUCCAAGCAGCUGGGCAUCCCCACCGCUAACUUUCCUGAGCAAGUUGUUGAUAAUCUUCCAAAUGAUUUAGCUCCUGGAAUUUACUAUGGUUGGGCCUCUGUUGGAAAUGGAAGUGUCCAUAAGAUGGUUUUAAGCAUAGGAUGGAACCCAUACUAUAGGAAUCUUAAAAAAUCUGUGGAAACUCACAUUAUACAUACCUUCAAAGAGGACUUUUAUGGGGAAAUCCUUAGUAUAGUCAUCACUGGCUACAUCAGACCAGAGAAAAACUUUAGUUCAAUUGAUGCCCUUAUUUCAGCAAUUCAAGAUGAUAUUGAAGAAGCUAAGAAACAGCUGGAUUUACCAGAACAUUUGAAACUCAAAGAACAUAAUUUCUUCCAUUUGCCAGAAAGCAAAAUAAUGAAUGGCCACUGAUCAUUUUAUUUUCUUGUUCAUUUUUGUUCCUUGUAUUCCACUACUCUUUAUCAUUGCUGCAGCCUUGUAUUUGGUUAGCUUAAGAAAAUAUUCCCAAUAUCUGUGAAUUAGUUUAUAUAAUACAACUUAGUUACCAUUUUGUGCUUAAAUUAAUGUUACAUUAAACCCAUCAUGCAGCAGUAUGAAAAAAGUUCAUUUAAAAAUCAAGAUUUUUAAAAAUAUGUUGAACUAUACCGAGGCUUCAUAAAACACCACAGUAAAAGCAGAGCAUAAAAGGGUCUUUUAAGUCUUUUUAUGACGGAAAUAUAUGUAUAAAUGUCAAAACUAGCUGGCUUAGCUAUGUCAUUUACUGAAAAUGAAAACAGAUGUCACUCUAGUGGUGAGGGAUUCGUGUAAUGUUAAUGACUUCCAAAUAAUGCUGCUGGACUGAGAUGCCAUGGAGAAGUAAAAGAAGCAUUAUGAUAAACUUUGGCAGUCAGAUGCCCUAAAAGGAAGAAAUGGUAGUAUUUGUGUGUUUGAUAUAUGUAGCAUAAUAUAUUUUGUUAAAGAUAAGAUUUUGUGAAACUUCAUUUUGUUUUGGAUUAUUUAUUAAAAGAAGUUUCUUAUUAGGGUCGAAUAAUUGCACUGUUCUCCAUUUUAUAUUUAUUUUCUUGCCUCAAAUUGUAAGGGCUUUUGAAUCUUAAAAAUAGUCAAAACUAUAACUCAGAAUUCCAUUUGUGUUUUUCCUUUUUUCAUCAUAAAAAUUUAUUUGAGCCUUCUCUUAUUCCUUAAGCUUUCUUUCUUUUCAUAAUUUUCCAAUUUAUGAUCUUUAUGUAGAAUGUAGUAACUCACUGAAAUGGUGGGGGAAAAGUAGUCAGAAGUAAACAGUUGGGUAGAAAAAGCCAAAGCUGAGCUAAUGUUUUCCAGAGAGAAAACAUUUAAGGGCCAAUUAAAUCAUAAGAUAUAUUUUUAAAAUUAUUUAACUUAUUUUAAACAUAAUUAUGUUGUCAAGCAUGUGUAAGCUCUGCUGUAGUUGUGUAAUUGCAAUGUUAAUACCAGUCUCACUAGUACCUGUAACUUGAAAAAAGAUUUAGGGUUUUUAAUAGGUUUCUUUAAAUCUUCCCCUCUUUUAUCCCAUGUACUUUUCUUUGUUUUCAAAUUAAUACCUGAUUUUAAAAAAAACAAUUACAUUUCAAUUAUUAGAAAAAUAUACUCACAUGUAAUUUGCUUUAAUCCCCUAAAAUAGAUUCUCUUUAUAAACCAAAAAAAAAAAAGUAAUAGUUUCUAGCCAUCCCUAAAUCACUUCUUUUAACUUAUUUUAAAGGGAACUUCAUUGUGUAGUGCCUUAAAAAUCAAAAUGUGCAGUAAACAUUCUUAGAAUGUUAAAAGAAAAAUUUAGGCUUAUAAACAAUGAUAUCCCUUGAGGAAAACUACUGUUAAAAAAAGCAAAAACUAAUGGAGGAUAAGAGGGUGACUCACUUAAAUUAAGUGUUUUAGAUUACUUUGUAAAAGGAUUUGUUUUGACAAAACAAAGCACUGCAGGGGAUUAUUGCUUUAUGUUUUAAUAUUUAAUCAGCAAACCCAUAAUUUGUCUAGUAAUGUUAGUGACUUUAGAAAGUAGAGAUUCUCAAGCAAGUACAACUUGCUUAUUAGGGUAGCUUUAAAAUUUGCCUUUAAAAAGUUAAAUCACUUGUCUUGCUAUUAUAGCAUUUGUAUUUUACUUGUGACUAGCAUUUUGUUAGAUGUCAGUCAUUACUUUUUGAUUGGGCAUUUAUUGUUUUUGAUGUUUGGACUUUUGGGGCUAAGUUAUAAAACACUAAUGUAGUACAAGAAAAUGUUACUUGUAGGGGGUGGUUUCGGUUAACAAUCGAAUGUUUUCAGAAAUUAAAAUAAAUCUUCAUUCAGUGUU